UAAGAUUGGAAAGGAAAGAAAAUAUACGACAGUCGUGUCGGAGUGAUCAUAACAGAAAAAGCUGAAUGAUUAAGAUUCUGAUGGUGAAAAAAUAAUAACAAAAGAAAAAGAUAAAGAAGAAACAGUGUUCAGGAUUUAUGGAUAAUUUUUCGAAUUAUUUUGCGGGGAUUUUUAUCGAAAAUUGAAAUUGGAUUACGUAAUUAUUACAUUUUAAGCACAGGCUCAGAAAAAGAAUAUAAAUAAAUAGGAAUAAGAAGAUUCGUAUUAAUCUGAAGAUCAUGGCGAACGUUUAUACAAGAAUUGAGGUAGAACGUCACAACAAAAAAGAGGACUUAUGGUUGGUGAUACAUGGUGGAGUUUACAAUCUAACAGAUUUUGUAAAGAAACAUCCUGGUGGAGAGGAAGUAUUGAUAAACUUGGCUGGACAAGAUGGUACCGUGUGCUUCGAUGACAUCGGACAUAGCGGAGAAGCCAUAAUGCUUAAGGAGACUUUCAAAAUAGGCGAGAUAGUGAACAACGAUAAUGCUACGACCACCAUCUCGACCUCCGACCCGAUUCAAGCAAUAACAAAACCAACUAUCGUAGAUGAUGACAACUGGGAAUAUCAAGAAGUAAAGAAAGAAGAAAAUAACAAGACAAUAUCGAUUGUAGUCGCCGCAGGUAUUCUUAUCUACGGUAUCUUAUUUUAUUACUAUGUUUUUUAGUAGAAUUAGAAACACCAGAGGCUUCCUAUAUAUAUAAUUUUUAAUCGCGUAUGUAUUUCAAUGAUAUAAUACAUACAUUAAUGAUAUAAAUGUUAGGAUAUGGACUACAUAUAUAUAUAUAUAUAUAUAUAUAUAUAUACAUAAGAAUGUGUGUUAUAUAAUAAAGAAGGAAAAAAGAAAAUAACGAUUUGUCGAUAAAGAAGUUCUCCAUCCCCUCCACCGAUUUGUUAUUUCCACUUUUUUUAAUAAUUAUUAGUUGGUCAUAUGGAUCUUGAACGUCAAAAAAAUAGCUAAUUAUGUUCAUUUCUUCUUUUUUGUACUUUAGCGCCGGUAACAAAGUUAAUAUUGAAUUCUCUUUAAGUAUGUAAACUUAUCUCUCUCUCUUUCUCUCUCUCUCCCUCUCCCUCUCCCUUUCUCUCCCUCUCUUUUUGUUACAUGUAUAUAAAAGGAGAUAACCCACAUAGGAACACACGCAUUCAAAUACGUUUCCAAUGAGUAUACGAUGCGCACACGUACAUGCAUGUGAAUACAUAACGCCUAAAUGACUAAGCAUUUUUCAAGUACAUUUGUAAUAACGAUUAGCAUAAUUGUAUUAAAUAUUGCAUAUACUCGACAAUAAUAAUCAUUGACUGUACGCUCCA